AUGACCUCCCCCCUCCGAACACAACUCGCAUUCUCCCUGCUAUCACUCAUUUGCAUCUAUUUCCUCUUCUCCGCAGUCUCAGACGCCACCAAGGGCUUCUGGCAAGUGCUCACCGCAACGAUAGACCGGAGACCCGAUCUGGGUCGGUAUGUGCCCCAUAGGACACUAUCCGCUGCAGAAUUCCCAAUAUACCAGCCCAAUCAGCGGGUAUUGAUUGUUGGCGACGUCCAUGGCAUGCACGAGCCACUGCAAACCCUGUUGAAUAAACUAUCCUACAAUCCUUCUUCCGACACCCUGAUUCAUGUUGGCGAUAUCGUUGCCAAAGGCCCCCACCGAGGGUCUCUUAAUGUGCUCAAGUUCAUGGCCAGCCACAAUAUCACCGGCGUACGCGGCAACCAUGACCAGAAAGUGAUUGAAUGGCGCGCCUGGCUCGACUGGAUCACCCGUCUCGAUGGUGGAGCUGUCUGGCUUGCCAAUGUGCAUGCGGCAGCCGAUGAAGCUAACCCCGACGACCCAGAAGAGUGGGCAGAGCGCCAUUUGAAGAAGCACAAGAGCAAGUGGUCGCGAAAAAUUCCCGAGGGAUGGAAGUUCCUCAGCGACCACUACCGUGUUGCCCGCGACAUGACACCCGCCCAAUUUGAAUACCUUACGCGUCUUCCUCUAGUCUUACACGCCCCGGAGGCCCAUGUCCUUAUCGCACAUGCUGGGAUCCUCCCCUCCGACCCGCGCUACAAGCCAUCCCACCGAAGACAGCCUCUUGCCACCGUUCCAUCGCUCCCAUCUAAUCACCGACCAGUAGACAGCAUUGCAGCUCUCCGUCGUCUCCAAGAAGCUUCUCUCCUUGCCAAGGUGCCCCAAAAUACCGAUCCUUGGGUCACACUCAACAUGCGCGGCAUCCUUUCUGAUAAAUCUGUAACACGGGGCAAAGACGGGACGCCCUGGUCGGAAGUGUGGAACCGCGAUAUGGGCUACUGCACCGGGUUUGAGCCAUCGAGACGGUAUACCUCACGUGGUCGCAAGCACAAGGACACCGAGCUCCCUUGUUUCCCUGCGACCGUCGUUUAUGGGCAUGCAGCGUCAAGAGGAUUGGAUGUCAAGCGGUGGUCUGUCGGUCUUGAUUCGGCUUGUGUCAGGAACGAUAGGCUUUCGGCGCUCGUUCUUGAUGGAGAACCGCCAGCCGACUCCGCUCGGAGGAAACACACCAUCCAGUUCGGUGAAGGGACUGCCCAGAUCGUUGACGUCAAGUGCAAAUAG